AUGACUAAGCACUUGGUCAAAACAUCUGAUCGAUCACAAGAGCUGUUUUCACGAAAGACAUCGGAUCGGGGGCCGAAGAGGCCGCGGCUUUUGUCCGAUCCACACACGAAAGACCCAAACAAGCAGAACAAUCCGAAUAACAUCGUCUUCAAGCAGCCAUCUUCCCAACAUCUUGGGAGCAAAAUGGAAGAGAUCGCUGACGACCUUCUUGAUUCGGCUGAGAAGUGCGAAAAUGCUGGGAUGGGUAUUUCAAGCCAAAUCUAUUAUUAUAAAGGAGGAAGAACUGAGCCACAUGGAGAGCCACCAGAUAUCGCAUUUCAUGUGAAAACCACUCAAUCAGAGCCUGAUACUCUCCGUGUUUUUGGGCUCUUCACAGGGUAUAAUGGAUCCACGAGAUUUGCAAAAUAUGCCGCUAACAGAAUGGUUUUCGAAAUGCUUAUGGAGCCGAAUCAUCUUAUAAAAGCUUCGGAUAACAAUGACAAGAUCUUGGACGUGAUGCGAGAAUCUUUCGACAACGUGGAAAGAAUCGUGAACGAGGAGAUCAAAGAGAAACUCUCACAUAUGAAGAUCAUGAGCUGGGAUCUAGAGAGACUUCAACCAAAUCUGCAAAAUCAGGACACGUAUAGAACAAUCCAGUCAAGAAUAACGGACUUAAACAAUGAUCUCAAAGCUGGCAGUACUGCGUUGGUUGUGAUGAUGAUCGAGAAGAGACUCUUUGUGUUGAAUUGUGGGAAUUCAAGAUUGUUAUUGGUUUCAAUGGAGGCUGAUAAACCCAGAUGUGAACUCUUGAAUGAUGUGCACGAUUGUGGAAACAACGAAGAACAGAAAAGACUCUCUGAUGCUGGAGUUGAUACAGCGAACUUGGCCUACGUUCCUACGAGAGGAAUCGGUGACACUUUUCAUAAGAAAGAUUUCGCUCCAGAUGGAAUUGGCUAUGUUGUACCGGAGCCUGGAGUGUUUCGCUACGAACUUGAUCCUUCUUGCCAAUAUUUGAUCAUAAUCUCCUCUGGUGUUUUCAAGAACGUGAAAGAGUCAAUGAAGCACAAGGAGAGCAACAAAGUGAUUACGGAUGAGGCUGUGAAUUGGCAAAUUAUGGACUAUGUGCUGCACGAGGUGAAAAACGCCUACACUCCCUCGUACACCUCAAUCGCUCAAGGGACUCUCGAUUUGAUUGGACGAGUGCAUUUCGAUAAUUUUGCAAAGGGUGAAAUGGAUGUAAGAAUUCGAGAGGGAAUGUCCCUAUUGCUUGUUGAUUUGACGGCUUCAGCUGCCACCGAAUAUCCCGUUUCUCAAUUGCUGGAUACUCAGCUUUCUAUAACGAGCUUCGAUCAAGAAAUCGAGCCUUAUGUCGACAUUUAUGACAUUGAAUCUCAACCUAAUCGCAAAGAAAUCAUCGCCGACCUCAAAAAACUUGAAAUCUUUGAUUGUGAUUCUUUAGAUAUGAUUGAA